CGAACGUAGAUGCUUUGUAUAUAUUUUCAAAUUUACGAGAAAGUAUUGUUAGAUUUUUAAGAAUGCUGCUAUCGGGUUUUUUUGUAAUAAUCCUCGUGAUCCUCCGCACCUCGGUGGCCCUUGAGGUUAUUCCCCACGACAGCAGCUGCCUCCCAUUUCAGAACACUCCAAUGAAGCAGCUCUGCAAGGGGACCUACACCACCGAUCUGUUCCUGCGCUACCAGGACAGACUGGCUGCCAUAAAUGGCCAAUACAAGAUAUUUUACCACAACCAGGGAGCUGCCUACUUCCUGUUGGUUUCCUUCAACGAAUCCCCUCUGCAGUGGUGCAAUAGCACCAUUUUAAUAGACGACAGUCUGGACUUCUACUGCGGCGGAAGCCGCAGCCCCCUACUGCUGCCCGGCUCGAUGAUCUACUGCCAAAUCUACCAGAUGAGCUACAUAGACGAUCUGGUGCACGAGUGCACCAACCCGAAAAUCAGCAACUUCCCCACUUCGGACGGAUCGACAGCUGUUCACUAUGGUGCCAUCUCCCGCUGGAGCACACAGGAUGAGCUAGAGUUCGGACUGGGCCUGCAUUCGGCGGCAGAGGGCCAUCCCGGACCGUACCGCUUCCUUGCGGUGCUAAUCUGCCUGACACUGGCUCUACUCUCGAAAUGACUUGUCAUUUGUCAUACACAAAUAAAGUUCGAAAUUUAAGUUGCUUCAAAA